UUUAGACUUUUUAUUUUUACAAGUACGAUUAUUCUUUUUACAAGGCAGAAUAGACCAUUGAAGUUAUACAGUUGGUGUAGUGGGAAAAUUGGUAGAUUUUUAGUUAUAAUAGACGAAGGUUCGAUUCCCACUUGGGGGAAAUCAUUUUAUUUUAAGUUUAGUUGCUUGUUAAUCUUUUGUAUUCUUUCUAAAACUGCCUGUCAUUUUUAUUUAUAUUUUUUCUAACCAUUUUUAAAGGAUUUUAAUAAAAAUUUAAUAAAUAAAUGUCUGCAAUACGUAAAAAGUUGGUAAUUGUUGGUGAUGGAGCUUGCGGAAAGACUUGUCUUUUGAUUGUAUUUAGCAAAGACCAGUUUCCAGAUGUUUAUGUCCCAACUGUCUUCGAAAAUUAUGUUGCAGACAUUGAAGUGGACGGGAAACAGGUUGAGUUAGCUUUAUGGGAUACAGCUGGCCAGGAAGACUAUGACCGCCUUCGACCACUCAGUUAUCCAGACACCGAUGUUAUUCUUAUGUGCUUCAGUAUUGACUCUCCGGAUUCUCUUGACAACAUUCCAGAGAAGUGGACACCCGAGGUCCGUCAUUUUUGUCCAAAUGUGCCUAUCAUUUUGGUUGGCAAUAAAAAGGAUUUGCGUAAUGACCCGCAAACAAUUCGCGAUCUUUCACGGAACAAACAAGAUCCUAUCAAGACAGACCAGGGCAAAGCUGUUGCCGAGCAGAUUGGAGCUUAUGCAUAUCUUGAAUGCAGUGCGAAGACGAAAGAGGGAAUUCGUGAAGUCUUCGAAAUGGCCACAAAAGCUGCUCUUCAGCAAAAGAAAAAGAAGAAGAAGCCAUGCAGUGUACUUUAA